CUCCUAUUCCUUCUUUAAUCGUUCCGUUCUUUCUCUUUUUUCUUUUCUCUUUUACCGCGUCAUGGAUCUUCCCAAUCCUUCAAAAAAACCUCGCACUCCUAAUAGAAAUCACCCACCGUUAGCGUCUUUAGAGAACAAAAACGAGUCUUUACGAUCUGAACAAUCACUACAAAAACGCCCCUUUACUCCAUUGACAUCCGCAGCAACAGCAGCAAUAGUAGAAAGGAAGCAAUUAACGGGAGCACCUACUGUCCAUUCUGCCGCCCAGGCAUUGCCUGCUGUGCAUGAUGAAAACGCCAGUCCAUUUACCACUACCAGUCCUACUGCAACACAUGCGACCAAAAAGCGAGAUCUUUUUAUUCCUCAGACAUACAAGGCAACAAAAAACCGUGUCGAACGUACAUGUCUGCGACCGACCGCUGGUGGCAAAACAGUAGCUGCUAUGAAGCAUCUCCAUAACGAUAAGCGCCCUGGCAACAACAAUCAUCACCAUACAAUCGGUGCUUCUGGCAACAACAGUGGCAUCAGUAGCAAUAACCACCAAAUUCACGACCGUAACGACACCCCACAUCAGCGUUUAUCGGCCGAACAACUCAAGUUGCUCAGCAGACGUAUUGAUCCUUCAGCUCCUUUACAAUCUCCCCACAGCUCUCCCGUUAAACCUGCGUUACCGAGCUCCUUUGUCACUUCUUACUCUCCUUCGUCACAACCAUUAUCGUCAAUAGUACCAGCACAACCACAACAACAGCAAUCGUCACAGUUUCAAAACCGUACUACCACCGACACCACUAUUGGAGCAAAUACUACUGAUAGCAGCAGUAACAACAACAACAACAACAACAACAGCAACAAUAUCAGUAACGACACAAACACCGGAAGCAACCACUCUGGCUCUUCAUCGUCGGCGCCAUCAUCGUCAACACUAUACCAGACGUGCAUGGCAAUUUGGGCUAAUAGUCCCCCUUCACUUGCCGAUUUACGUCACGAUAACAUCAAAUAUUUGAGCGAGUUGCUUAAAAUCCGACUUUGCCAGGCCAAAGCCAGAGCAUUAGCAUCGCUUGGACCACAAGAUCCAAAUGCCUUGUUGCUUUCCAAGGCUACCAAAAAACAUCGAGUACGACUGGCACGCAAACGACACCAAGCCGCGCCAUUAAAUACGCGUACGGUAUCCGGGAACGGUCAGCGACUGCGGCGACAACAACAACACAUGUAUAAUCACCGUGAACUUAUAUCAUCCAACAAUGCCCUGUCACUGCAAGUCGAAGAUGACAGACAAAGUCAGUCUCUUAAGAUCCCAAAGAAACGUGGCUCUACCGCUGGCGGUGCUGGCAAGAAAAGAAACGUGGGUGAGAGCAAGGCCAGAAAGACUACGACAACAUCGAAACAAACAAGACGAUCACGGGCUACGCCGCCGCUCAUUCUUGAAGAUGGUAAAUUACCCACAUCAAUAUGUCGUGGAGUACAGCUAUUUAUAUAUUUGGGGAAAAAGAGACCUUAUCAAAGUGCAGAAAAGUUAGAACUAACAUACACUCCGUGGAUCGAUCUUGUUUUUGUGGCACUAGGUUCACGCGCCUUUGUCUGCAAAUCAUGCGGUAAAAAGUACAAGAAUCGAAAUGGGCUGGCAUAUCACCGUGAUCGAUGUAAACAGAAAGGACUCGAGGAUGAAAACCAACAGCAGUACGAGCUUGCAGAGGAUGAUAACGACGAGGAGGAGCAGCAAUCAGGAGAAGGCAUUAAAUGCGUUUGCAAGAAACCAACAGAAGACCGCGGUACCAUGAUCCAGUGUGACAAGUGUCAAAUGUGGCAGCACCUCAAAUGCGUAGGUGUCGAUCAGAAGGACAUUGCCAAGGACUACACAUGCCCUUACUGCGUGAAAAAGGAGGCAAAAGUAAAUAGCAACAGCAAAGCGACAACAGCAGCAAAAGCACGCAGACAUUCGGAGUUAGACGAGAUGGAAGAAGAAGAGGAUGAACUCGCUGAGGACGAUGAAGAGAUGGGUGAAGAGCAACAGCAGCAGGAUCUAUCACUAUCAACACCAGCAAUAUCGUCAGCCACGAUCUCCAGUAGAAACGACACUGUUAUGAAGGAUGGUGAUAUGGAUGUUGAAGAGCAACUAGUAACACUUAACGAUGACGAUUUAAGCGGCACGGAGAGCAACGAAGACGAAUUCAUGAAUGCUGAUAUUCACGAUGAAGCUAUUCACGGAGUCACGCCUGAGAAUAACAUUGUGCUAUUCGAUAUGAAAUCUGGGGAUCGGGAGCAGCAACCAGUAGUACCGUUGGAGAAUAAUAGUGCAUCUCAGCUAGCACCAGAGUGGGAUGAUCUUCUCUUUUCUCAAACACCGGACAACAGCUUACGACAGGCAACACAAGAGCCAUGGACAAAGAUGAGUAGCAGCAGCCACGAUGAAAAUAAGUUCGCCAACUGGGACUUUAGCGAUUUAAGCCUAUUACAACCACCGUCCUUGCUAUUUUCUGAUGCCAUGGUCGACGAUGACUCGUCGAACCUACAGCCUUCUUCUGAUUUCCUUCCCACCGAUCAUCCUUCAAGCGAUCUUGGACUACCAACGUCUCCCGAACCUUUGUGGUUUCAGUUUGCAAACUUUGAAGACGAUUAUCAGUGCGAAGAAGCUCAGUAGCACUUUUCUCCUGUCAAUCCCCUUAUAUCCCCCUUAUUUUAAUAACUUCCAUCCCUGUUUUCUUAAGCCUGUCUGUCCGUUCACACCACAUAUUUCCUUUUACUAAAACCCACCAGCACUCUUAUUUCCCUCAUCCACCUUUAAAACCCCAAAGACACUUUGUAAUACGAAACUCUCACAUAUACAUAUUCCGAUUAUUGCUUUUCUAGUACGAGAUAUAUACAUAAAAACGCGACUCAAUAUAGUAGCUCUUUUCUUAAAC